UAUCUCGUUUCUUCUGCUUCUGUUUGAGGCGCGUGGGAAGAAUGGCUUCUGAGAUGGAGUCAUCGCUGGAGGCAAGCUUCUCAUCUAGCAGUGCAGUGUCGAAGACAGCAGGGUUUCUGCCUCCGGCCCGCUCCCGCAUCUUCAAGAUCAUCGUGAUAGGCGACUCCAAUGUAGGCAAGACAUGCCUGACUUACCGCUUUUGCUCUAGCCGCUUCCCCGACCGCACCGAGGCCACUAUCGGGGUGGAUUUCCGAGAACGAGCGGUGGAAAUUGAUGGAGAGCGCAUCAAGAUCCAGUUAUGGGACACAGCAGGACAAGAACGAUUCAGAAAGAGCAUGGUCCAACAUUACUACCGAAAUGUUCAUGCUGUUGUCUUCGUGUAUGAUAUGACUAACAUGGCUAGUUUUCAUAGCCUGCCAGCUUGGAUAGAAGAAUGCAAACAGCAUUUGCUAGCCAAUGAUAUACCACGGGUUCUCGUUGGAAAUAAAUGUGACUUGAGAAGUGCCAUUCAGGUACCCACAGACUUGGCACAAAAAUUUGCUGACACACACAGUAUGCCUUUGUUUGAAACCUCUGCUAAAAGCCCCAAUGAUAACGACCAUGUGGAAGCUAUAUUUAUGACCUUGGCUCAUAAGCUAAAGAGUCACAAACCAUUAAUGCUUAGCCAACCCCCUGAUAAUGUAAUUGUCCUGAAGCCUGAACCAAAGCCUGUGAUGACAUGCUGGUGCUAA